UCGGUCUCCACAGGACCAAUCCUUGCUGGUCAGCAAUGUAUCGGCCAGCUGUGGUGAGGGCCAGGAGGAGAGCUUGUUUGGAGCCCUGGGUUAUUGGCCUCAUCACCUUUAUAUCCCUGAUUGUCCUGGCAGUGUGCAUCGGACUCAUCGUUCAUUAUGUGAGAUACAAUAAAAAGACAACCUACAAUUACUAUAGCACAUUGCCAUUUACCAGUGACAAACUAUAUGGUGAGUUCGGAAAAGAGGCUUCUAAAAAUUUCACAGAAAUGAGCCAGAAAAUUGAAUCAAUGGUGAAUAAUGCAUUUCAUAAAUCUUCAUUGAGGCAAGCAUUUGUCAAGUCUCACAUUAUCAAGUUCAGUCAAGAGGAACAUGGAGUAUUGGCUCAUAUGCUGCUGAUUUUUAGAUUUCCCUCUUCUGAGGAUCCAGAAACCAUAAAUAAAAUUAUUCAACAUGUUCUACAUAAAAAGCUGCAAGAUGCUGUAGGACCCCCUAAAUUCAAUUCUGAAUUUGUUGAAAUUAAAAAAAUCAACAAGACAGAAACAGACAACUUUCUAAACAAUUGCUGCGGGACACGAAGGAACAAAACUACAAGACAGAGUCUCAGGAUUGUUGGUGGGACAGAGGUACAAGAGGGUGAAUGGCCAUGGCAAGCUAGUCUGCAAUGGGAUGGGAUCCAUCGCUGUGGAGCAACUUUGAUUAAUGACACAUGGCUUGUGAGUGCUGCUCACUGCUUUAGAACGUAUAAGGACCCAGCCAGAUGGACUGCUUCCUUUGGAGUAAAAAUAGAGCCUCCAAAAAUGAAACAAGGCCUCCGGAGGAUAAUUGUGCAUGAAAAAUACAAAUAUCCAUCACAUGACUAUGAUAUUUCAGUUGCAGAGCUUUCUAGCCCUGUUCCCUACACAAAUGCAGUACACAGAAUUUGUCUCCCUGAUGCAUCCCGUGAAUUCCACCCUGGUGAUGAGAUGUUUGUGACAGGAUUUGGAGCAUUGCAAAAUGAUGGAAGUAGUCAAAAUCACCUUCGGCAAGUACAGGUGGAUCUCAUAGACACUAAAAUCUGUAAUGAACACAAAGCUUACAAUAAUGCCAUAACUCCUAGAAUGUUAUGUGCUGGAUCCUUGAAAGGAAACAGAGAUGCGUGCCAGGGUGACUCCGGAGGACCACUGGUUAGUCCAGAUGCUAGAGAUAUGUGGUACCUCGCUGGAAUAGUGAGCUGGGGAGACGAAUGUGGGCAUCCCAAUAAACCCGGUGUUUAUGCUAGAGUGACUGCCUUCCGGGACUGGAUCACUUCCAAAACUGGUGUCUGAGAGAGAACAACCUAGAAGAAUGGAACACAUUUUUGUGUAGAGGCCGUUCUUAGAGAUAUAGAAUUGCAGAAGUCAUGCAGAUCACCUGGAUGUGACCGAUCGAACUAAACUAUCUGCUAUUUCCUUCCUAGCUCUGCUUCACUUAGCAUCCUGCUUCUGCCAGAUGGAUUCUGUCCCAACUUGCAGUCACUUGUUUUCUAUCAUCAAAUUUUGGCUUGUUGACAUAAAUUUCUCAUGCAUACAUACAAUCUGAAGCGAUCCCCUCCUUCAUUUCCCCAGUUUCUCUCAUCUCGGUAAAUUUCCACUUUCAAGGUGCAGGACAAAGAGUAAAAGGAAGUAUGAAAAGGAAAGAGCUACAUUUUUAUGUACAGGAAAGUAUUAGGUGAUUUUUUUCUUAAUGAAAUGAGGAAAGUGAUCUUAAUCAUUAUGAAAGCUCAAGCACACAGACAGCGGAAUA